GGUUGAGUAGGCGGGUCCAACGUGUAGUUGAGGAGGUGGAUGUACAUGAUAUAGACAAAAUAACGUCCAAUUUUGUUUUGAAACGUAUUAUGAUGAGCUACAGAAAGUAGAUAGCUAGUAUGUAUUAAAUGGAGGCAAGUAACAAGUAUACUGGGACAUCUAGCUAGCUAACUUGCUAAAAACGAAUGGUCCCUCGGUUACUGAACUAACUAACAGCACCAUCAUCAUGGAAGGAGUGGGCACAACCGAAAACCAAUGUAUGAGUUGAAGGUCAGAAGUACAAUCACAUCAACUGACAUAACAAGCUACAACCAUGUACUCCAGCCCAGACGUCUGCCUUAAAUCUGGCAGUCACAACAGUAGCAGUAACAGCAACAGCAUCACUGAACUCCUGGGCUCCCUGUGUGACAGCAGCCUCACUGGGGUGUCAUGGAAACGUCGUGCUCUAGGAGGGGUGUCCCGAGAGGGGGUCCGCCGCACCCUCAGAAAGCGUGCCUACGGGGCCCUGCUGUCCAAACUGUUCCAGGAGGGCUCUCCGAAAGGGUUCGUGUCAGUACCUAAUGCCACGUCCACCACCCCACCCAGAAACAAGCUACUUAUGAUAUCCUUUGACCUGCGAGUGGCGGGGUGCCAGGACGAGGCCGAGAGGCUGGAGGAGCAGCUGGGGAGGCUAAGUGAGGGGCCCGCCUCGGGUCUGAAGGAGCUGGACUCUGUGCUGGAGCUCUUGGUGCAGCUGACUGGCUCUGCGCCCCCACCCCCGGCCUCCUUCAGCAGGGACUACAUGCGCAGGGAGAGGCCCGUGCUGAGGAGGCCUCCGCUGGGGGGCUACCAGAGUGAGGAGCUGCAGAGGUUGGAGGCCCGAGCCUGGGCCCUGAUGUGUGGGGAGGAGUGGGGAUCCCUGAAGUGUCUGUGUGGGACUCUGGGUCUGAUGGAUGCUCCUCCGGGCACAGGCCUGCUGGCACUGAGGAGGAGGUCAGACGUAGAGGAGAGGUUUGAGAAGGAGACCAGGAUGUCUCUAUUUGGAGCCCUGCAGCACUCCCGUACCUCAGACCUGGACAUCAGGCUGAAUCUGCCUCCUGUGCCCAGCAAUGCUGAUGUCACUGGGCUAGCCAUACGGGUGCCACCUUGUUUGGACCAGUUAGAAGAUGAGGGCUUCCAGUCAGCCUCCAACCUAACCCCAGACUCCCAGUCAGAGCCCAGUCCCAGCCCAGAACUUGAUGUCUGGGACGCCCUGAGAACUUUUGAGCCUGGGAGACGCCGCUGCUGGGAGUCUGUUGGCUGCCCACCAGGGAAGAGGGAAUUCCCCUACCUGACGGAGGGGGGCAGGGAGGCUUUUGAUCAGCUCUACAGGCUGUGGGAGGGGGAGAUGAAGGUGGUCUGCUCUGCACCCCCCUCGCCACUCCUGCCCCUGCCUCUGGACUGUCAGACCCAGCUGGUCAGCGACCUACUUAAUGUAUUGAUCGGCGUGGCGUCUACUACCUUCCCCCUCAACCAGGUGUGUGUAAAUUUUGACGUUCGACCCGGAGUGUGUGUGUCGGGAGCGUCACCGGAGAGUGUGUCUCGUUUGCUUGGCGAGCUGGCUCAGUAUGGCACCCAUUACCUGAGGCUCAGCCGCUUCGUUCUGCAGAGUGCCCAAAAGAGAGGCCUGGUCUUCCAGGCGUUUACAGGUGGGCUGCGUAAGUACCUGCAUUACUACCGGGCCUGUGUCCUCAGCACCCCUCCCACCCUUAGCCUGCUCACAAUCAGCUUCCUGUUCCGCAAGGUGGGCCGACAGCUCAGGUAUUUGUCAGAGUUGUGCUGUGUGGAUGGGGCAUCUGGUGUGGGCCAGGCUACCUUCCCUGUGGGAGUGACGCUGCUCUCCUACCUGUACAACGAGGCCCAGAGCAACUGCAGCAAUGAGAACUACCCCGUGCUGCUGUCCCUGCUGAAGAGUAGCUGUGAGCCUUACACACGGUUUGUGUCAGACUGGGUGUACAGUGGAGUGUUCCGGGAUGUGUACGGAGAGUUCAUGAUCCAGGUCAACGAAGACUACCUCAGCUUCAGAGACAAGCACUUCUGGGUGCAGGGCUACACACUGAUCUCCCGUGAUGUGGAGGACUGCGUGCCUGUCUUCCUCCGACACAUAGCCAACGACGUGUACGUCUGCGGGAAGACCAUCAACCUGCUCAAGAUCUGCUGUCCCCAGCAUUACAUCUGCUGGUCGGAGCUGCCCGUGCCUCGCAUUGCUGUCACAUUCUCCCUGCAGGAGGUAGAGGAGAUAGAGAGGGACUGUGCCGUGUACCGAGGACGCAUGGAGAGGAUCGCCAAGCACAGCGCCACCAGCAGGGAGGAACAGGCCCUGCGCACAGAGCAGGCACGCCAGGAACUGAUCAAUCAGGUCAGGCAGUCGGCCGCCAAGACCCUGGAGAGCAUCCGCGGGCGCCAGGUGUCGCAGCGUCUGGCUGAAGAGGCAAAGAAGAGGGAACGCUUUGAAGAGCUGAGACAGCACUUGGAGCAGGAACAAGAGUGGCACAGUUUAGCCAGGAGGAAGGAGCAGGAGGAUGAAUUCAGCUUUGCCAGGGAGCUGAGAGACCGGGAGAAGCGACUACAGGCCCUGGAGGAGCAGCUGGAGAUCAGAGCCAGGAAGGAACUGAUUGCCCAGUACAGCCACCUAUCAGAGGAGGCGGCCAAGAGGGAGUGGCGGGCCAUGUGGAGGGUUCAGCGAAUGAGACUGGAUGAUUCCCGGGCCCAGUUCCUACAGCAAGACCAACAGGACACUGAGGCUAUUCUGGAGAAGUAUCCUGUCGGAGGGCAGAAACCCCCUCUGGAAAUACUACACCCAGCUCCAGCUCAGACCACUCAACCAUUAACACAGGAGUCCCUAUCUCCGGAGCCCUGUGAGCAGCAGUCUAAGGAGGCAACCCAGGCCCCCAUCCAUCACCAAUCCGCACCCCCCGCCACGAAACUCGACCUCACCCUCGUCUCAGAGCACAUCGACGCUAAUGACUUCCUGCCCAAGCCGGCCGACAGCCUACAGGUGGACCAGGCCCUACAGGAAAUUGGGUCGGACCUCCCGGAGGCUCUUGCGCCUCAUAAACCCGUAGACUAUGACUUUAGCGCCCCCUACAGUCCCCUUGAGGGAGUGACUGCCCCAGCCCUGGCUAGACCUCGGUGGGGUCCUGAGUCCACUCUAGGCAUGGGGUGUGUGGUCUCCGGGACUUUAGCUCUCCCGUCUCCGCUACCUGGAAGUACCUAUGGCCAUUCUUCAGACUCCACUAUGGGCGUAGGGUGUGUGGUGUCAGGAGCUGAGGUCCUCCCCAGGCCCAGUCCUCACGGCCAGGCCUCCCAGUCUAGCAUCCCCCUGGGUCAGUACUCCUCUGAUGUGCCCCUGGCUCUCCACACAGCCAAUGUCCACGGACACCCCUCCCAGACCACAGUGCAGCUGGCGGAUGGAAGUGAGGCAAAGCAGAUGGACAGCAGGCAGGAGAAUACGGAAGACCCAUCACCUCCAGGGGGCAUCGUAAAAGAGGCUGAAGGGACUGUAGAGGCAUCAUGCCUGGUGGAGAUGAAGCCAGCUGAGAUAGAGAAACUAGAUUGUGUUGGAGCAGAGGAACAGACGGCUGGUUCUCUCAGGGAGGCUUCUGCCUCCUCCACCCCAGAGCAGGGCCAUGACAGUGGGUAUCAUCCAGGACAGGCCUCCCCUUCCCUCUCUGGACCCUCCAGUGUGUCCGAGCUCCCUACUGCCAACAUUCAAGGCCAUGCCUCAGAUGCUCAUAUUAAAGUCGGAGAGCACGUUUCAGAUGUGGAAGCCCCUCUCCCUUCUCAAAACGUUCAUGGCCACUCAUCUGAUGCUAACAUAAAGGUAGGAGAGUUUGUUUCGGAAGUGACUGCUCCUCUUCCGACCCCUAAUGUUCACGGUCACGCAUCUGACGCUCAUAUUAAAGUUGGAGACCAUGUUUCAGAAGUGGUCGCCUCCCUUUUCACCCAGAACAUUCACGGUCAUGCCUCGGACUCUCACAUCAAGGUCGGGGAGCACAUGUCAGAAGAGGUCGCCUCCAUUCACACCCAAAACAUCUACGGUCACUCAUCCGACACUCACUUCAAGGCGGGUGAGUUUGUGUUGGACGCCGAGCCCUCCCGACCACGCUGGAGCAAGCAUGGUCACGCCUCAGACUGCACACUUCAAGUAGGCUGUGUGAUGUCAGGCACAGAACCAGUACUCUCCCCUUUACCUGGUAGCACCUAUGGCCAUUCCUCUGAGUCCACUCUAGGUAUAGGGUGUGUUGUCUCUGGGGUUGAACCCCUUCAUGCUCCUCUACCUGGAAGUGACUUUGGACACGCCUCAGACUCAACCCUGGGUGGAGGGUGUGUGGUGUCAGGAACAGUAACCCUUCCUUCUCCGAUACCCGGAAGUGACUACGGCCAUUCGUCAGAUUCAGCGAUGGGCGGAGGGUGCGUGAUAUCUGGGAUUGAACCCGUUCGCGCUCCUCUUCCCGGCAGCAACUUCGGACAGUCCUCAGACUCCACACUGGGCACAGGGUGUGUGGUGUCGGGUGUAAACCCUCUGCCCUCCCCCAUCCCUGGCAGUAUCUACGGCCACAGCUCAGACUCUGCCCUGGGAGGGGGCUGUAAGGUGAAAGACACUGGUAAUGAAUACGACGCCAGGACCCUGGAGCAGCAGGAGCAGCAGCGGCUGGCCGAGGGCAUCUCGUCCUGGGCAGCGGGCUUGGCUCUGUCCCCAGGCGAGAGCUCAGAGAGGGAGUACCUCCGCUCCCUGGCUGCUCAGUACCAGGUGGAGCAGUACGAGGACUGCUACGGUCUCAUGAUGUUGGCUCCAGAGUGUCACCCCCUGCAUCAGGUGACGCGGGGCCCCUGGGGCCUCCCGGUGGACCCGUCGCUCCGCAGGGCCACAGACACCACAGUGGUGCAGCUUAGUGGGAUGGUCUCUCUGCCCGUUCUCAUGAAGCACUCUGUCACCACCCCACUCAUCACACAUGUAUCCUUGGUGAACAAGGCGGUGGUGGACUACUACUUCGUAGAGCUUGGAGUGGAGAGGCAUUUUGAGGCCCUACGGCACUUCUUGCUCAUGGAGGACGGGGAGUUUGCCCAGUCUCUUAGUGACCUGAUCUUUGAAAAGAUGGGCAGUGGUCAGACUCCUGGAGAGCUGUUGACUCCUCUGGUCCUGAACUCCAUCCUGAGUAAGGCUCUUCAGUACAGUCUUCAUGGAGACAGUUCUCUGGCCCCUAACUUCACCUUCGCCCUGCGCUUCCUCCCGGAGACCUUCCAUCCUCACGCCCCCGACGCACUCAACUGCCUGGAGCUACGGUACAAGGUGGACUGGCCGUUGAACAUCAUAAUCACAGCCAGCUGUAUGAACAAGUACAACCGUCUGUUCUCCUUCCUGCUGCAGCUCAAACACAUGGUGUGGAGCCUCAGAGACGUCUGGUUUCACCUCAAGAGGACUGCGCUGGUGAAAGGGGCGGGCCGCUCAGUGCAGUUCCGCCAGCUGCAGCUGUACAGACACGAGAUGCAACACUUUGUGAAGGUGAUCCAGGGAUACAUCGCUAACCAGAUCCUGCAGGUGUCCUGGUUAGAGUUCACCACCAAGCUGGCCAGUGCCUCGGACCUGGACGCCAUACACCGCAUACACGCCGACUACCUUAACAGAGCUAUCUUCAGGGGUCUGCUGACAGAGAAGGCAGCUCCAGUCAUGAACAUCAUCCACAGUAUCUUCAGCCUGAUCCUGAAGUUCCGGGCCCAGCUGAUCGCACAGCCCUGGGACAGCCAGCAGGGGGAGGCAGUGCACCCCAGCUUCAUCGCCAUGCAGCAGUCAUACAACACUUUCAAAUACUACUCCCACUUCCUCUUCAAAGUGGUGACCAAGCUGGUGAACCGAGGAUAUCAGCCACACCUGGAGGACUUCCUGCUCCGCAUCAACUUCAACAGCUACUACAAAGACUCCUGAACGUACGUGUGUAGAACACUGUGUGUGCCUGUGUUGUAGAUCAUCAGAGUAGGCCUCGUAGGUGUCUAAACUAAUGAUACGUUGAAUAUUGUGUACAAAUCUCUCCCCCACACUCAUUGCAGUUUGUGGUAAUGUAUAUGUGUGGCAUGAAUAAUAUACCGUAUUAAAGGAAACUAUGUGCGUUGUAUUUACAUUUUUAAAAUGUACCUCGACGACCUGUUUGACAGCUUCAAUGUGCCUGACCAUACAGUAUUAUGCCUCCUGUCCACAAUGGUGUCUGCUAUCAAAGUCAGUGAUGAUAACCCCAUCCCCCUAACAACUCUAGCCAAAGCUCAGGUGCCUCUCCUCUGCCCACCCCAUUCCUAAGCCCUGUGUGUCAAUUAAAGAAAUGCUUAAUUUUGUGAUGUAAAAACAGUAAUAAAAUGUCACAUAUUUAUUAAA